AUGCAGAGAUUUCUUCGACCCCGAAUGGGGAAGGGAACCAUUCGUGAGUUGCCUUCGAAUGCUGAGAUGAUCGGCAGCUUGAAGAUUGCCUACGAGGUAGUGCUGAAGAAGCCCAUGGGCAUUGUCUUGGAAGAUGGACCCCAAGGGCCAGGAUUCGGAGUUGGCGUUGCAGACGUCCUGGAGACUGGCAGCGCGCAUCAGCUCCUCCAGGACGUGCUCUUUGAGGGGAAAGACUCCAUGUGGAUCCAGGAGGGCGACGAGCUUGAGGCGGUGAAUGGGGAGCCUCUGGACGGCUUCAAGGAGAAGGCGACCGAGCUCGUGAUGAACUCCGGGGACGAAGUGCGGUUGACUCUGUCCCGCCCGCGCAAAGGGUACAUCAAGGUGGUCUUCCCCGACGGAAAGUCCAUCACGUCCCCUCGGGCAGCGACUUUGGAUCGGCUCGCAGAAAAGGACCUUGCUACUGAUUAG